ACAGCUUCAAAGUGCAUGCAGUGACAGAGUGCAGUGUGCAGGGAGAGAGGUGCACCUACACAGUGCAGUGUAUAGGGAGAGGGGUGCAGUGACAGAGUGCAGUGUGCAGGGAGAGAGGUGCACCUACACAGUGCAGUGUAUAGGGAGAGGGGUGCAGUGUGCAGGGAGAGAGGUGCACCUACACAGUGCAGUGUAUAGGGAGAGGGGUGCAGUGUGCAGGGAGAGAGGUGCACCUACACAGUGCAGUGUAUAGGGAGAGGAGUGCACUGACCGUGUAUACUAUGAAGUGUGCACCUACACAGUGCAGUAUAUAGUGUGCAGGGAGAGUAUAUAGUGUGCAGGGAGAGGGGUGCACUGACAGUAUAUAGUGUGCAGGGAGAGGGGCACAGUGACAGGACCAAGCUGGAGGAGUGACACAAGUCACUGGAGCAGCUCCAGGGGCAGACAGAGAUAGUGGCCGUCUGGAUCUGUGGAUAAGUCAUCUCUGGUUGUACGUUUGUAUUGAGUGCUGAGGAGAGCUGGAAGAUGCCCGGGGUGGUGAGCAAGAACCCGGACCUGGAGUUUGACUCCUUGCAGCCUUGUUUCUACCCAGACGAGGAUGAUUUUUAUCUGUGUGGCCCGGACUGUGCCCCCCCAGGGGAAGACAUCUGGAAGAAGUUUGAAUUGCUCCCCACGCCUCCUCUUUCUCCAAGCCGAGCAGGGCUACAGAGUGACCCUCUGUCUCCUGGGCAGGGUCCCCUUCUAGAUUAUGGCUUACCAGGUGAUGAGGACGCCUUGGACUGGGCAUCGGAGUUGUUGCUGUUGCCUCCUGAAGCAGACUUGCUCGGGGGCUCCGGCUGGAGCACAGAGUUGGGUUUGUCCCCUGGCAACCUCAAGUCCAUCAUCAUCCAGGACUGUAUGUGGAGUGGCUUUUCUGCCAGGGAAAAGCUGGAAAGGGCAGUUAACGAAAAGCUGGGUAAAGCUGCAGGGAUUGUAGAAUCCGGAGCCCAGAACCAAACCGUUGCCACUUCUGCCAGUAACUUACCUGUGCACGGAGAGGAUUUAAACAACCCUGCUUCUCAUUGCGUAGAUCCCGCUGUGGUUUUCCCUUUUCCCAUCAACAAGGGAGAAAGCGGCAGAAUUGGGCAAGCUAAUCCUCCCAUUAGUGCCAUAUCCACCGCUGUACCCUCCAGUGCACCAGCCAGAAGCUGCAGCCAGCCAAGCAGAACCAGUGCCAGCUCUGGAGACGACAGCCACAGUGAAUCUGAUGAUGAGGAAGAUGAUGAAGAGGAAGAUGACGAAGAGGAAGAGAUUGAUGUUGUCACAGUGGAGAAAAGGCGUACAUUAUCCAACAGGCCUGCUACUUGCCCGGCAGUGCUGCGCUCUAAAUCCACCGCCAAUCUUGUCUCCGGGAAGAACCUUCCCACUGAACUUAUCCUUAAGCGAUGCGCUCCAGUGCACCAACAACACAACUACGCUGCGCCAUCUCCCUAUGUAGAGACAGAAGAGGUUGCUCCGCCUCAAAAAAAGCAGAAGAACGAAACUCCCCGCGUGGUAAAAAAUGUGGUACAACCAAAGGCUAAAAGCUCCAGUCCUCGUAACUACGACUCGGAAGACAGCGAGAGGCGACGCAACCACAACAUCCUAGAGCGCCAGCGUCGCAACGACUUGAGGUCCAGCUUUCUCACUUUAAGGGACCAUGUACCCGAACUUAUUAAAAACGACAAAGCCGCUAAAGUUGUCAUACUCAAAAAAGCCACCGAAUACGUUCAUUCCCUUCAGGCCGACGAGCAAAGAUUGUUACAGGAGAAAGAAAAACUUCAGUUCCGACAGCAGCAGCUCCUCAAGAAAAUCGAGAAUGCACGGACUUGCUAGACUUUGUUCUUUUUACUCUAUCUCUUUCUGAACUGUCACUGCCACUUUGCACAAUUUUUGAUUCUUCAAAGCAAAACGAGAAAAAAAAUAACGAGAAGUGUUUUUUUGACAAUACGAAUGUUGGUUUACUUUCCAAUCCAGUUCACUCUGCAGUUGAAGAUAAAAAAAAAAAAAAUUGGAUUUCCUGUUUUUAUAUGUUUUAGUUUUGUCAUUGUUUCAAAAAAAGAACCGGAUACGUUUUUGGUUGCUGAGUUGAGUAGACUGCCAAAUGAUUGACUGUUUUAUUAUAUUUUUAUUUUUUUUAUUUUUGCUAUACACUUUUUGUAAUUUUUUUUCCAUGUUGUGCGCAUUUUUGAGCUGCUGAUCACAUCUGUUUUUGUAAGAUUCAUUCAGUUUUCUUGUUUAUGGUGCUCAUUGUAACUGAUGUUACUAUUCUGGGGUUAGCACUUGUACCUCUGGAGAAACCUCUGUAUAUACCAUUAAUACUUGCCUUUUUUGUGCAACUUUCUGGGGCUAUUCUGGGUAGCUCUCACUACCGAUAUUUAGACUGGAAGUUCAGACCCAAGUACUGUAACGCCUCAAUGUUUGAGGAGCAUGUUUUGUAUACAAAUAUAUUGUUAAUCUCUUGUACUGGACUAAUUCUUACACUGCCUGUAUACUUUAGUAUGAUGCUGAUACAUAACUAAAUUUGAUACUUAUAUUUUCGUAUGAAAAUGAGUUGUGAAAGUUUUGAGUAGAUAUUUACUUUAUCACCUUUUUGAACGGAGAACUUUUGUAAAGAAAAGUAUUAUAUAUGCCUUUUUAUUUCUUAGCCUGUUUCGUUGGUCCUUUUACUCGUGUUUUUUUUUUUUUUUAAUUGUAUUUGUUCAUGUCUUGUUUGGAGCAUAGAACCGGAACGUUUCAGAGUUCUGUGUAUGUUUUUUGUUUGUUUAUUCAUUCUUUUUUUUCAACCUAUGUACAUUUUUUUUAGUGCUUUUUUUUCUUCUAGCACUUUGAAAUACCUCAUGUUUAUGAAAAUAAAUAGCAGCAAAUGUUAAUGUCUGUGUUUGUUAUUCUGUAGAGAGAUGAGGAUGUUCUUUUCCAAGGAAACAUUGUCUUCAAAAUGGCUACCACCACUGGUUGUCACCCUGUGAAUGCUUAAAGGAGAAGUUUCACUUGAUAAAAUUUCUGACAUGUCACAUCACUAUGUCAUAAGUUUUAAUCUGUGGGAUUGGGUAAGAAGAUUCUUAGUGAUCACUAGAAUAAAGGGGCAGAAGUGCUCGGCUGAGUGCAGUGUCCCUUUGUCUUUUCUGUAGCUGUGAAAUUGUUAUCUUACAAAGGGCAGCAUAUUAAACUGACAGAUCUACUUUUUAAAGUGUUCCUAUUGUCAAAACUUAAAACUUGUCAAAAGUUUUGAUCUUUUGGGGUCUGGGUGCUGAGAUCCCUACUGAUCACUAGACCAUAAGAACAGAAGCAUUCGGCUGAGUGCUGUGUCUUUGUUUUUCUGCUUAGCUCGGUUUGUGGAAACGGUGAGUAUGUACAGAUUUGCAGAAAGUUUCAUAGACUUUUAUUGAGGUAGAUUGCUUGCUCUGCAGGAAAACUAAGGGAUACAAUGCUCAGUUGAGCUCUUCUGUCCCUUCAUUCUAUCAAUUGGUUACAAAACGCACAAAAAAACUACACUGCUCUAAAAAAUAAAGGGGACACUGAACACAACGUAACUCCAAGUCAAUCACACUUCUGUGAAAUCACACGGUCCACUCAGGAAGCAACACUGACUAUCAAUUUCACAUGCUAUUGUGCAAAUGGAACAGACAACAGGUGGAAAUUAUAGGCAAUUAGCAAGACACCUCCACAAAGUGGUUCUGCAGGUGGUGACCGCAGACCACUUCUCAGUUCCUAUGCUUCCUGGCUGAAGUUUUGGUCACUUUUAAAUGCUGGCGGUGGCUCAGGUAGUGCAGCUCAUCCAGGAUAGCACAUCAAUGCAAGCUGUUGCAAGAAGGUUUGCAGUAUCUGUCAGCGUAGUGUCCAGAGCAUGGAGGCGCUACCAGGAGACAGGGCAACAGCCCAGCAGCAGGACCGCUACCUCCGCCUUUGUGCAAGGAGGAGCACUGCCAAAGCCCUAAAGAAUGACCUCCAGCAGGCCACAAAUGUGCAUAUGUCCACUCAAACGGUCAGAAACAGACUUCAUGAGGGUGGUAUGAGGGCCCGACAUCUACAGGAGGGGGUUGGGAUUACAGCCCAACACUGUGCAGGAUGUUUGGCAUUUGCCGGAGAACACCAAGAUUGGCAAAUUUUCCACUGGCGUGCUGUGAUCUUCCCAGAUGAAAGCAGGUUCACAGUGAGCACAUGUGAGAGUCUGGAGAUGCUGUGGAGAACGUUCUGCUGCCUGCAACAUCCUCCAGCAUGACCAGUAUGGCGGUGGGUCAAUAAUGGUGUGGGGUGGCAUUUCUUUGGGGGGUUGCACAGCCCUCUAUGUGCUUGCCAGCGGUAGCCUGACUGCUAUUAGGUACCGAGAUGAGAUCCUCAGACUCCUUGUGAGACCAUAUGCUGGUGCGGUUAGCCCUGGGUUCUUCCUAAUACAAGACGACGUGUCAGCAGUUCCUGCAAGAUGAAGGCAUUGAUGCUAUGGACUGGCCCGCCCAUUCCCCAGACCAGAAUCCGUUUGAGCCCAUCUGGGACAUCAUGUCUCGCUCCAUCCACCAAUGCCAUGUUGCACCACAGACUGUCCAGGAGUUGGUGGAUGCAUUAUUCCAAGUCUGGUAGGACAUCCCUCAGGAGACCAUCCGCCACCUCAUCAGGAGCAUGCCCAGGUGUUGUAGGGAGAUCAUACGGGCACGUGGAGGCCACACACACUACUAAGCCUCAUUUUGACUUGUUUAAGGACAUUACAUCAAAGUUGGAUCAUCCUGUAGUGUGGUUUUCCACUUUGAUUUUGAGUGUGAUUCCAUAUGUGAUUCCAUAACCUUCAUGGGUUGAUACAUUUGAUUUCCAUUGAUAAUUUUUGUGUGAUUUUUUUGUCAGCACAUUCAACUCUGUAAAGACAAAAGUAUUUCAUACGAUUAGUUCAUUCAUAGGAUGUGUCAUCUUAGUGUUCUGUUUAUUUUUUUGAGCAGUGUAUAUACGCUUGAUAUCAUUGUGAAUAUAGUUUCCUUAAAGGGGUAUUCCAGGAAAAAAACUUUUUU